CCAAGAAGCGUCCCGAGAAGCCUUACCUGCUCCUGGAACAUGGGCAAUCAGCAGAGUUUCAUGUGUUUUUCAAACCCACCCUGGCCCAACGCCUGAAAGGGAAGAUCCGUGUGCCAUUGUCAGGCAACAGUGAGAUCGACAUAGUGCUGGUGGGUGAAGGCCACAAUGAUCACUUCACCCUUGAUAACCUCCCUGGACUAGCAGAAGACAACCAGGAGAGCAAUGCUGAGGGCAAUCUGGAGGACGACAUCAUUGAGGCUGUCAGAGCGAAUCACAUAAAGUUUGGGGAGUGUGCAGUCAGGGAGCUCUGCGACAAGACCUUCACAGUCACCAACCGCAGCAAGGAGGAGGUGAUGCGGUUUGAGUGGCUGCUGGCAGAUGCCCCGUUCCAGUUCUCCCCCAAGGUGAGCUGGGACAGCCCUGCCUUUCUCAGUUGCUCAGGCCCUUUCCUGGUGUUCCUGGGAGCUGGCAGGGAGUCACCACAUACCA